CACAUCAACCGACCGUUCCAAAAUAAACCCUUUAAAAGCAACACAAUCCAAAAUGGCGCAGUCCUUGUCGGACGAAGAGUUCCAGCGAAUGCAGAAUCAACUUCUGGAGCUGAGAACUUCCAAUUAUCAACUUAGUGAUAAAUGCAGAAAACUGGAAAAUGAGUUAACCAAUCUUCAGUCAACUGCUUCCAACUAUGAAAAGGAACUCCAGAAAGCAAAUAAGACUAUCAAUAAGAGCAAGAAAGCUAAGGAUGUGGAAGCCUUGCUGUCGGAGCUGGAGAGUCUUCAGCAGAAACUGCACAGCCAGGAGGAGGACUUCAGGUUGCAGAACUCCACCUUGAUGGAGGAACUCUCCAAGCUUUGUACCAGCAACGAAGAACUAGAGAAAGAGGUCAGCAGGUUAAAAACAGGUCAGAGUUCAUCAGAGGUCACGACCAACGUCGACAGUGACCUGCAGGGGGAAUUGAGGAGGCUUCAGGCGUUAAACACUGUCCUGCAGAAAAACCUGAACAGUACUCAAGAAAAACAUGAAACAGAGAUAGCUUUAUUGAAGCAGACAAUCAGUAGCACCAGUGAGAGCUCCGCAGGCCUGGGUGAGAGGGUACCGCCAGCUGGGGCACCGGGUGAUGAUGAUGUCACGAAUACGGAAUCACCUGACAUAACCCCAAAGGCUCCUGGGAAGAGCACGGACGAAGAGUCAGCACUUGAAGCAGGGCUGGGUAGUCUACUUGCUGGUGAAUUCGAAGCUUUUCUGGAAGACGUAAAGUUGUCCGACGUAACUAGUGAAUUUGACGAUGAUUUAGAACCCAAAGAUCCAGUCACAGUACUCCAGGGCCAUGCCAAGCAACUCAAGCACAGACUGAGUGGAGCAUUGGUGCGCAACAUGGAAAGUCUGGUCAAACUCAUGUCUAAAGAUGAAGCAGAACCAAAAAGUACUGACAGUUCCGAUUCUGCAGCACAGGGAAUGGGCAAUUUGGACAAGCCAUCCAAAGAACUUAACGAUCUUCAGCUGAUCAUAGACACAGAAAGGGAAGAAAAAAGACUACUCAAAGAGCAACUCCAACAAGCAGAGGAAUCUCACAAAGCUGAGGUUGCCAACUUGACUCAAGAAGUUGCUAAGCUGACAGAAAAGACAAAGAAGAAACAAGAAAGUCUUGUGCAACUGCAGAAUGAAAAAGAGCAGCUCUACAGUGACGGAAAGAAGCAACUUGAUAAUCUGCAAACUUCAAAGGAGAAGGAAGCAGAGGACUUGAAGAAAGAGAAGUUGAAAGUGCUGGAGGAAUUGACAAAAGCCAAGCAGACCAUGGCUGAACAGAACGACAACAACCAACAGAGAAUACAGGAGCUGGAGACAACCAUCAGGACACUCAAUACCCAGGCAGCCAAUAGCGAGCAGGUAGCCAUCUUCCGGGAUUCUUUAGAAAGUUUGAGCAAUGAGCUAGCCCAGGCCAAACAGGUCCAGAGCGUCACAGCAGAAGAGUGCAUUAGAUUCAAGGAUCUCUACUCAGCGACCCAUAAACAGUUAGAGGACCUGCAGCUGUCUCACAGUAAACUGUUGGCAGAGAAGGAAGAAUGUCAGAGACAGCUAGCUGAUUGCCUCAAUGCCAACUCCCGACUCACCACGACGCUGAGAGAAGUACAGAACGACAGGGAUAAUCUACACAGGGACCUACAGGAUGCAAGAAAGAGUGCAGAGAAGCGUAAGACCAUGCUGGAUGACCUUGCUAUCCAGACUCAGACUAUUAAGCAACAACAUGAGAAUGAGAUGGCGCGAGUCUCUGAAGCACACGAGAAUGAGCGAGACAACUUGAAGCAACAGCUACAUGAGCAGACAAAACUGCGUAAGGAGCUUGAGCCGUUGAGAGACCAACUUGCCGUCAGUGAGGAGAAGGUUCAGUCGCUAGAGAACACCAAGGGAUGGUUUGAGAGAAGACUAGCUGAGCUGGAGGAGGAACUCAAGGAGACCAAAGAGACACACCAAGAGGAGAUACAAGAACUGAAGGACCAACACAGAGCAUUAAUACAGGAAAUGAAAAAUGAAGAAGCAGAGAAGUCCAUAGAGUUGAGCCAAUCCCAGGAGCAGGUCGAGAAAUUACAGAACAGUAUCGACCAACUCAAACAAAAUGCCAAAGACAGCGUCGAGGAGCGGAAACUUGGAGAAAAGAAAGGCUUAACCAUGGUGAAGGACUUGAAGCGACAGCUGAGACAGGAGAGGAAACGGGCAGACAAGCUACAGGAGAGACUGCAGGAAUUCCUGAGCCAGAACAACCAAGGACGAGCAGGCAUUGAGGAAUUGUUCCAAGACAUCAGUGAUGAGGACAGGCAGAAGCACGACAGCAGUAGUGUAUCAUCAUGGAGUACCAGUGGACAGAUGGCAAAGGAUUCUUCAGAAAAUGUACCAUCUCCCAAUGGUUCCAUGAUGUCAGCAGCACUGAGCGAGGAAACUACAGAGCUGAUCAGCCGGAUGACAGAACUACAGACGGCCAACUGGGCACUGGAAGAAAAGGUACGGCAUUUGGAAGAGAGCACUUCCUGCAUGGCAGAUGAUUUACUGAAGAAGACGGCCAUCAUUGAGACACAUGUCAUGGAGAGAAAAUUAAUAGGUCCAACGAAGUCCCAAGCCACACCGGAGACGUCCAAGAAGGUUGCCUUCAAGAAGGUGAUGGACUUUGUCAAGGGUGAGGACGGCAGCCAAGCCAGCAACAACCAGCGAGAGAUGAAUCAGAAGCUCCAGGUCAUGCUGGAGGAGACGCUGACUAAAAACAUGCAUCUGCAACAGGACAUCCAAAUGUUGUCAGAGGAGGUGGUGAGACUCAGCAAGCUGGCACCCCUGGCAUCGUCGACUAGUCCGCUCCACCCAAGCCACAAGACAUGGACAGCGGGCGAUAUCACUUCGGCAGACGGGGGUGAUUCACCACCGUCCUCACCCUCGCACUACACAGGGGACCAGGCCGGUGCACAGUGAAUCACAGUCUGCACAUAGUUUGUAUAGAUAUUUAUUAUCUCAACAGUUUUAGAUUUGUGCUGCAGUUCAUGUAUUGCUGUCACAUCAUCCAAGUACUACUGUAAACUACCACGCCUUUAGUAACUAAUAAAUCAUUAGACAAACUUCAAAGUACUCUCUGUAUAUCAGUACCUUUUUUAUUUUGCAUUUAUAGAAUUGUAACUCGGUUUGUUUAGCAUAGACAAUUUUCCUUUUUUAAGCCUGUCGCACGCCUGUCCGAUUUUACUGGUUUACGGGAUGACCGGUAUGUUAAUCCGCACACAUGCCCGAUUCUGUUCUAUAAUUGGUCACGUGAUGAUCAGUCACAUGACGACAAAAUGGUAGCCGUCAAUUUGGAAUCAUGUGACUUCCUUCGUGAUUCUGAUUGGUUAACAUUAAUAUUGCGUCAGGUGAAAUCGGAGUGACAUUGGAUCCAGUGAAAUUGGAUGCAAAAAAAAUCAAACAUGUUUGAUUUCAUCCGCAUUUCCGGUCGCCUGGCGUACGGUCAGAUCGGUCCGAUUUUUUUAGCCACAUCUCUCCGAUCUGUACGUCCGAUGGCCCGAUUAUCCGGUGAUCCAUUGCAUGUAGGAAACACAAACAAAAUCUCAUUUCUGCCUCCAAUUGCAUAAUAAUGCUGUUGUUGUACCCUGGUGUUUUGUAAACAGUCAUCAACUUUCAAAUUCGCUUUCACUUUUUGACAAAUCGCCCUCAUUUUCCUGAAAUCCAUCGUUACCUUGACACAACCUGCAAUAUAUGUAGUGUGCUAUCAAUUGUGUGUGUUGCCUACUUCAUUGCAUAAAUAGAUGGGAAAUAGAUUGUGGUUAGGGCUUUCUCUGUGGCAUCAUCCAGAUUUUCGACGGAUCCCACUCAAAGAUGCUAGAUUACUUUAAUCUUGAGGCGCCUCUUAGGUAUCAGUGUCGUGCACUGCAGAGGUUUCUCAUAGAAUGUAGCGCAGCAACAUUUAUACAAUGUGCUGUUUUCAAGGAUCUUUUAUUUAAUUGGAGCUCUGAUUUCAAAGCAAAAACUUAUCAAAAAAUAUAAUCAUUCCUGAAAUAUACUUGGUUUGUAAUUUUUGUUGCAUUAUUUGUGUUGCAGAUGGUACUCGUUUGUGUUCAGUUAUUAUGUAUUAUAAGAGAUUGUAAAUUAAUUGCAGAAAAUUUAGUUACCAAACUUGCAAUAAUAUGUUUUUAAUAGAAAAGAGGUUUGUGUUAUUUACAUUGCCUGCUAAGGGUUUUGCAAAAUUGUUUUCACUGCAAAUAGGUCUUCUGACAAAAGAGAAGUGAGUUGUAACAAUUUUUUUUUAGAAAGAUUCUUCAAAGAAAUUAAUAUAAAUUUAAAUAGGUCGUUAUGAAAGCAAGUAUAGCCGAUUAGAGUAGGACAUCUGACAGUCUGCUAACCUUGGGUUAUUGACUUAACCCAGUUUAAUGGUUUACUUUUUAUGUUUAUAUUUUCUUCCAUUGAUCAAGUGUUCAAACCAAGUUAGUCAUAAUAGUGUGCAAAUUUCUUGUCAAUGACACAUAACCAGGGCUGCAUUCCACUUACAUGACCAACUCCAAGGAUGACAACUAUUUCCUAAAUGUUUUCAGCAAACGUUGGCAACGUUUGUCGUACGCUUGAGUGGAACGCACCCAGCUUUAUGAGGAGAUGAAAAUCUACACUGUGAAUGGACCAUGCAUAGUUUAUAACUUAACCUCGUACAUUUGU